AUGGCCACUUACGCGGUCUUAGUAAGACCAAGCUGCUGCGGCUCCUCUCCUGAGGUCCAGUUCAACAAGCAGGUGAAAAUCUUCGAGGGCAGUAUCCAAGACCAGGAGGUUCUAUCGGCCUGUCUCCGGGACUGCCGUGCCGCCUUCCUCGUUGUCUCGACAAAUGAUAACCUCCCGGGGUGUCGUCUCGCCCAAGACACGGCUAUCAGCGUCAUUCAGAUACUCCAGAAUAUCAAGCAAGCCCCCAGGCUGAUCCUUCUUUCGUCGGCUACAAUUGACGACCACUUUUCUCGCCACGUUCCAUUCGUCUUAAGGCAAAUCCUGCGUCGCUCGGCCUCGUACGUCUACAACGAUCUACUGGAGACCGAGAGGCUUCUCCGAGCAGAGAGUCAUUGGUUGACCACAAUCUACAUGAAGCCGGGUGCGUUGUCAGUGGACAAGCAGCGAGGCCAUGCUUUGAGUCUGACGGAGGAGGGGAGCCCGCUUUCGUACCUCGAUCUCGCCGCGGCUAUGGUGGAAGCGGUUGACGACCCGGACGGCCGCUACGAUAUGCAGAACGUCAGUGUGGUAAAUACAAAUGGGCGGGCAAAGUUUCCUACUGGCACUCCAAUGUGUAUUCUUAUGGGACUUAUCAGUCAUUUUUUCCCCUUUUUGCAUGAUUAUCUGCCAUCGACCGGUCCUGGGUGA